AAAAUUGGUAUCUUCGUUUGAUUUACGGAACCAAAUCUGACUCUUCUCUUUCUUUUUGUCUUCUGCGUUUUUUUGAUUCGGGAGAAGUAAAGAGAAAGCAAAGAGAGAGAGAGAGCUUCAAUGGAGUUGGUUUCUUUCCUUGGUAGAGCUCUGUUUGUUUCCGUCUUUCUUCUCUCCGCUUGGCAUGAGUUCAAUGAUUUUGGUGAGGAUGGUGGCCGAUCAGCUAAAUCUUUGAAACCAAAGUUCAAUGCCUUUGUAAACCACUUGACAACUCAUACUGGCCAGCAAUUGCCACCAGUUGAUAUGAAGCUUCUUGUUGCUGCUGCCAUAGCCUUGAAGGGUAUUGGUGGACUUUUGUUCGUCUUUGGCAGCACCUUGGGAGCUUAUCUCUUGCUUCUGCAUCAAGCCCUUGCAACCCCGAUAUUGUAUGAUUUCUACAACUAUGAUGUCGACAGAAAGGAAUUCGGCCAAUUAUUUUCAAAAUUUACUCAGAGCUUGGCUCUCCUUGGAGCACUGCUCUUCUUCAUUGGAAUGAAGAACUCAAGGAGACACGGUAGACAACUCAGGAAAAAGGCUCCAAAGGCAAAAGCAAACUGAAAAAGUCAGAUGUUUCAUCGGUUUUUUCGGGUCUGUAUUUUAUUUUCAUUUUGGAAUCCGGGAUGUGUUUAAAGAUUGUAUUCUAUGAGGCCAUUGUAAGGCAAUGUCUUUGCAUAUCGUUUUGCUUGAUUUCAUGAAGCUUAUGAUACAUUUUGUAGAGAUAUUUAUGCUUCUUUAGAGAGACACAUUUUAAUUUCGAA